AUGAAGUUUACUUGGAGCAUCGCCAGCGCGGCUCUGCUGGCUGCCCGCGCCCAGUGCGAGAUCCUCUGGGAUGGUCGUUUCAACGACAUGACUUCGUCCACCGACCUCGACAAGUGGUCCUUCGGCACCCCCGUCGGCUCCUACCAGUACUACAUCCACGGGUCCGGCAAGACGACAGAGUACGUUGAUCUAUCAAAGGAUUUCAAAAACCCGGCCGACGCAGCCUCCAAGCAGGGCGCCAAGAUCUCCCUGACCAGCACCUCCUUCUGGAACGGCCAGAACAUGCGCCGCACCGAGUUGAUCCCCCAGACAUCGGCAGCCAUUGCAAAGGGCAAGGUCUACUACCACUUCUCCCUGAAGCGCUCUGACACCAACGCCCCCUCCCUCAACAAGGAGCACCAGAUCGCCUUCUUCGAGAGCCACUUUGUCGAGAUGAAGUCGGGCUGGCAGAGCGGCGCUACUGGCACUGAGGACCCCCUCCUGCGCUGGGUCGUCAACGGCAAGACCGAGUGGAGCGUCAACUGGGACGCCGACGUCUGGCAUAACGUUGCUUACGAGAUCGACUUUGAUGCCGGCUCCGUCGGUUUCUGGCACUCCACCGGCUCCGCGGCUCUGACCCAGGUCGUCGCCCCCGUCGCCGCCCCUGCCUCCAGCAACGGUGCCGACUGGCACGUCGGUGUUCUCGAGCUCCCCAGAGACGGCUACCCCAAUCAGGACGAGGACUUCUACUUCUCCGGCGUCUACAUUGAGAACGGCAAGCUUACCACGUCCGUCGGCUCCGGCUCUGCCGACUCCGGCUCCUCCGCCCCCGUCUCCUCUGCUGCCCCCGUUGACUCCUCGGCUCCCGCCACUGCCGCCCCUACUUCCACCGCUGCCCCUACCACCACGGCCGCUCCCGCCACCAGCGUCGCCCCUGUCUCCUCUUCUGCUCCCGUCGUCUCCCAGAAGCCCUCUGCCCCUGCCGCUAGCCCCAGUUCUGCUCCUGCUGCAACCCCCAGCGCCAAGCCCCCUUGCCGCCGCCGCCGCCGCCGCAACCACCAGAAGCCCAACUAA